AUGUCUAUAGUAGUUUUACAACGUCCUCUCAUUUCUCAAGGUUCACAGGUUGUGAAUGCACUACCACCAGUGCCUCCUCCAGCAAAACCUACUCAUCUGGCCAUACAUAAUCCCAAGAAGGCAAGUAGACUUAUUUCAAGAGGUGGCAGAUGGUUGAAAGUCCCACAUUUCAGCGAUCUUCUCCGAAAUGGAAGGACGAGUCCAACAUAUCGUACUAUACAUAGCGAGGAUGUCUCCUACGAUGCCUCGUCGCUUAACAUGCCAUCAGCUGCACGCAAAUAUGAGACCGAUAUCACUGCCAAUCACCUUCUCACUCUACUGAUCACAAAACGGAAGAUUUGCCUCUUUGAAGCAAGCACCGGUGACGAAUUUAUAAGUAGGGAACAAUUCCUUACGGAGCACAUCGAAACGGCACGGUUGCUGUACCACUCAAAUCUCAGCCAUUCCGGAGUACCUGUUCAUCCACUCCAAUUCCAGAGGUGA